AUGGCUGGGAAUCUCAAGGAUAUUCUAUCCUUGUCGAGGAAGACAGCAAGGAAUCUGAAGCAGGCUCUGGAUGAGCUUGCGGAGCAGGUGAUCAACCACCAACGGAGACGACCAGCUCUGGUCCGAGUUCCUAUCAACAACAACCUUAGGCGCAAGAGCCAGCAGUCCUUUUUGAAUCGCAGGUCAUUCCAUCUUUGGACCAGCAAGUACAACCCAUACUUUUGGAGGGGAGGCAGAAGCAACGUUCUGGACCAGCUUAACCGUGAAGCUUUAAGGUACAGAUCGUCUUUUGCGAAACCCGGAUUUUAUCCAAGUGGGCUGUAUCAGUCAACUUUCCCUCAAAGAGGUAGUAGGAUGUUUUCCACCUGCGCCUACUCAUGUCAGCAGGAGGCAGUCAAAAACUUGACUUCCGCUGUUCGUGCUUUGUUACAAAGUGGUGCUAAUUUCGGCAGUCAAAUGAAACAAAUGAAACACUGUUCGCAAAAGAAGAAGCACUUCUCUAAAUUUUCUAAGAGGCUUACUUCUUCCACUGCCGCUGGGUCUGGCAAGAAUGCUGAACAAGCUCCUUCUGGUUUGGCCGAAGGAUCCGCUGUUGUUUUUAGCCUUGAACGUCAAAGUCACAAUACUGAGUUGGAAGGAAUCUUGGAUCAAGAAACUUCUUCCAUUCUCGAGGAAGAAAUGGUUCAACAUGAGCGUCACCUGGCUAUUAUUAGAGAAGAAAUCCAGAGAAUUAGUGAGAAUCUAGGAUCAUUACCAUUAAUCAUGUCUGGUCACAAGAUUGAGGUAUUUUUCCCCAAUUGUGACACUGUUAAAUGUGAGCAACUGAUGAGAGAUUUGGCUAUUACGAAAGGGGUUGUGAGGCGUCAUGAUUCUACUGCUGAGCAUUCAAGCUCCAGGUCAUUUGUUCCAGAAGAUUGCUUGUAUUCCUCAGGGUCAAGUUCACCGAAUCCUUUAUCCUCAACUUCUUCGAAAUCAUUUGAUAGAGUCUCAUUGGACUACAUUUCCUCUCGGUCUACAUCUGAUCAAACCACUGGUUCUGAGUACACAUCUCUGUCUCAACAAUAUCACCUGGUUAGCAAUUACAACCCUGUACUAUCCUCAGCCCCGGGUUCUUCGAGGGUCUUGGAGCUGAAUACUCCCGAGUCCACUAUGGAAGGCAGUACAGAUCUGGAGUAUUUAACGCGAGACGAUGUGUUGCUGUUAAAUGUCUAA